GCUGUACCAGGCCAAAGCGGCAUCUGGUAUCUAUGACUACCGGGCACAGCACGGCAUGCUGGGACUCGGUGCUGGGGAGGUGUAAGUGGAGGAAGUAGGAGAAAUUUGACUUAUGUGCCAGAAUGUCUACGAUAAACAAAGGCAUUGAGCUGCAAAUGCAAAUGAGGGAAAAUGCAGAGGAGCUGCAAAACUUCAUGAGGGAGUUAGAAACCUGGGAAAAAGAUAUGAAGCAUAAAGAUGCCAAACUAACUAACCAGACAGAAUCACAAGAAGAGGCACUACCGCCCAUAAGAAACAAAGAUUAUAACAAAAAGAAAAAGAGCAAAAACAAAACACCAGUUGAGAAGAAGGAUAACGAGGAUAGCAAAAAACCUAAGUUGAAGCGGUUUGAUUAUGAAUACUGGGACAAGUUCAAUGUGGAAGAAGCUUUACAAGAAGUUGAAGAGAACAAUCAUGAAUCAAUGUCUGGAGAGUCUGAUUCUGGAGAUGAAGAUGGUAUUGCCAUUGAUACAGAAAAAGCUCUCGCAGAGAAAGAAAAGGGAAACAGCUGUUUUAAAAUGGGAAAGUAUGAUGAUGCUAUUGAUUGCUACACGAGAGGUAUGGAUGCAGAUCCCUACAAUGCAGUGCUGCCCACAAACCGUGCAUCUGCCUUCUUCAGACUAAAAAAGUAUGCUGUAGCCGAGUCAGACUGCAAUCUUGCUAUUGCUUUAAACAGAAAUUAUGCAAAAGCUUAUGCUCGCAGAGGAGCAUCUCGAUUUGCUUUGAAGAAUUUUCAAGGAGCGAAAGAAGAUUAUGAAAAAGUUCUAGAAUUGGAUCCAAACAAUUUUGAAGCCAAAAACGAACUAAAGAAAAUUCUCGAGGAGCUGCCGCCACAAACCACUGCUCCACAGGAAAAAAAUGACUUGGACCAGCAGAUAGACACUGAAGUUGUUGAGGAAGAAAAAAACCGGAUAGCAGCACAGCAGUUAAAGCAACAAGCCAUCGUCCAAAAAGACCUGGGUAAUGCUUACUUUAAAGAAGGCAAAUAUGAAGCUGCUAUUGAGUGCUACACUCUGGGAAUGGCUGCCGAUGGGACCAAUGCCUUACUGCCAGCAAACAGAGCUAUGGCAUAUCUAAAAAUCCAAAAAUACAAGGAAGCUGAGGGAGACUGUGAACAAGCCAUAUCUUUGGAUAAUACUUACGGAAAGGCAUUUGCUAGAAGAGGGACUGCUAGGAUGAUGCUAGGAAAGCUAAAAGAAGCAAAAGACGAUUUUGAAAUGGUCUUGAAAUUGGAACCUGGAAACAAACAAGCAGUGUCUGAACUGGCUAAGAUAGCUCAGGAACUUGAUGGAAAGGAAAUAAAAAGCAACCAACAGCAAACUGAAGCAAAAAAUAAAGUGUGUGACCAAAGAAAUAUAAUAAAGGCGAUUGACAAGCCGCAACACCUGCGAUCCACUAAACCUUUGAGAAGGAUAGUUAUAGAAGAUGUUGGAGACCUAAUAGGAAGCUCAAAUUGUUUACCUCCAAAAGGUGUCAGCCGCAAUUUGAAAGUUUUGUCGCAGCCUUUGGGAUCUGAUCAAGACAAUUCAAAUCAUAGAGAAACCAUGCCUUCAAACCCAGCUACAGUCAGCGCAAAGGUGGUGAAAAUCGAAGAAAUUAGUGAUGCUCCAGCUGCCUCGCAAACGUCACCUAUAAAAGUUGAACCUAUAUCUCAUGUAGACCGUGUGGAAGCAGAAAAUACUACAUCUACUCCAACUCCCAACAUUGCAGUUCCAGGAGUUCCUGCAAAUUCAUUUCAGCUUGAAUCAGACUUCAGACGACUGAAAGGGCAGUCUGAUUUAUUGUACCUAUACCUAAAGCAAAUCGAGCCUUCAUCUUACUCUAAAUUGUUUCAAAAAGCUUUGGAUCCUGAUGUGUUCAAUGAGAUUUUGAAAAUUUUAUUCAACCAUUAUAUUGGGAAAGAGGACAUGGCUCUUAUUGUUAAAGUACUAGAUAGUCUUUCUCAGCUCAGGAGGUUUGAUAUGGCUGUACUCUUUUUGUCUGCCCCAGAAAAAGCAUAUGUUCAUGCCUUAUUUGCACACAUAGAGCAAUCACAAGUUGCCAGUGACUCAUUAAAAGCGCUGAAGAAGAAAUAUGGUCUUUAAAAGUCAUUCUCAAAUAAUAUAUGGAUGUAAAAUUGCAGAAAAAAAUGUCUAAGGGAAAACACAUGAAUUCUAUGUCUUUUUUUUAAAUAAAUAUUACAUUUUUGAGAAAGUGUUA